GUUAUAUAAACUGAGUCACGUUACAUAAGAUAUACAGCACUAUUUUUUCUUCUUCACAUUAAUUCAUUUUUUUUCUCACCUCUUUGCCUUUUACCUCUUCGUUUCUCAAACUUGUGUUAGUAGUUCUCAGGAGGGAAGCAGAAGAGGGGAAACGAAAAGAUCUGCUGAGAGUUUUGUUUUUGCUUCCUCAGAAAAUCUGAGGAAAACUUCAAAAGCAUGAAGCGAUUGAGAGAGGAUGGAUAUGGUAACCCUCAAUUUAAGCGGCCAUUUGGUUCUUCUCGUGGAGAAUCCUAUGGUCAAUCACAAGUUCCUGGAAGUGGUUUGGGCGGAGGAGGAGGUGGCAACAGCACAGGCGGAGGUGGAGCAGGUGCUAGUGCUAGCACCCAAAAGUUGACAACUAAUGAUGCGUUGUCUUAUUUGAAGGAGGUCAAGGAGAUGUUUCAAGAUCAAAAGGAUAAGUACGACUUGUUCCUUGAUGUUAUGAAAGACUUUAAGGCUCAAAGAAUUGAUACUGCGGGUGUCAUAGCAAGAGUGAAAGACUUGUUUAAAGGGCAUCCUAGAUUGAUCCUUGGGUUCAACACUUUCUUGCCCAAGGGCUAUGAAAUAACCCUUAAUGAAGAAGAUGAGGCUCCUCCAAAGAGAACGGUUGAGUUUGAAGAAGCUAUCAGCUUUGUGAACAAAAUAAAGAAACGUUUCCAAAAUGAUGAUCAUGUGUACAAGUCCUUCUUAGACAUUUUGAACAUGUACAGGAAGGAGCACAAGGGCAUCAGCGAGGUGUACCAUGAGGUUGCCAUACUUUUCGUGGACCAUCCAGAUUUGCUAGAUGAAUUCACUAGAUUCUUGCCAGAUACUUCAGCUACUGCAUCAGCAGCACAAACUUCAUUUGGCAGGUCUCCUUUCCAUCGUUAUGAUGAGAGGAGCUCAGCUAUUCCCAUGCUUAGGCAACCGCACAUGGACAAGCGUUUCCGGCGGGAUAGGAUUAUUGGUCCUCAUGCAGAAAGAGACCUAAGCAUUGAGCGGCCUGAUAUGGACGAUGAUAAAACAAUGGUGAAGUUGCAGAAAGAACAUAAGAGACGUGCUGAAAAAGAGAGCAGGGACAGAAGAACUCAUGAUCAGGAUUAUAAAGAACCUGAUAAUGAGAACCAUGGAGAUCUAAACAUGCAGCGUCAUACUGAUAAAAAGAAAUCUGCUCGGAAGGUUGAAGAAUUUGAAGGAUCUCAUGAAGAUAAAGACGCCCUGAAAAAUAUGUAUAGCCAAGAGUUCACUUUCUGUGAAAAGGUAAAGGAAAGACUGCGAAGUCCAGCUGAUUAUCAGGCAUUCUUACAUUGCCUCUCCAUUUAUAGCACAGAAAUAAUUAACAGGAAGGAGUUAUUACGUUUGGUUGCUGAUCUACUUGGAAAAUAUCCUGAUCUUAUGGAGGGUUUCAAUGAAUUUCUAGAGCGUUGUGAACGAGUUGAUGGAUUUCUUGCUGGUGUUGUGAGCAAAGGUAAGUGGGCUGAAGGGCAUACUUCCAGGUCAGUAAAGGAAGAUGAGAAAGACAAAGAGCAGAAGCGUGAAACUGAUGGAGCAAAAGAAAAGGACCGAUAUAAGGAGAAAUACUGGGGAAAAUCCAUUCAAGAACUCGACCUGUCAAACUGCGAACGAUGCACACCCAGUUAUCGGCUUCUUCCUGACGAUUAUCCCAUACCUACCGCAAGUCAAAGAUCAGAGCUUGGAGCUCAGGUUUUAAAUGAUCAUUGGGUAUCUGUGACUUCUGGGAGUGAGGACUACUCUUUCAAGCACAUGCGCAGAAAUCAGUAUGAAGAAAGCCUGUUUCGUUGUGAAGAUGAUAGGUUUGAGCUAGACAUGUUACUGGAGUCGGUAAGUUCAACUGCUAAGCGUGCAGAAGAGUUGCUGAAUGCCAUUAAUGAUAAUUCAAUUGGCGGGGAUGGUCCAAUCCAUAUUGAGGACCACUUUACAGUCUUAAACUUAAGAUGCAUUGAACGACUCUAUGGUGAUCAUGGUCUGGAUGUUAUGGAUAUUCUGCGUAAAAACCCAUCUCUUGCGCUGCCUGUUGUACUGACCCGCUUGAAGCAGAAACAGGAGGAGUGGACCAAGUGUCGCACAGAUUUUAACAAAGUUUGGGCUGAAAUCUAUGCUAAGAACCAUUAUAUGUCACUUGACCAUCGAAGCUUCUAUUUCAAGCAACAAGAUUCAAAGAAUCUUAGCUCAAAAUCCUUAGUGGCGGAGAUCAAAGAAAUUAAGGAGAAAAAGCAGAAAGAAGACGACAUGAUUGUUUCUAUUUCUGCUGGAAGUAGACAUCCUUUAACCCCGAAUCUUGAAUUUGAUUAUGCUGACUCUGAGCUUCAUGAAGACUUGUACAAACUUAUCAAGUAUUCAUGUGAAGAGGUUUGCUCCUCCGAAGAGCAAUUAAAUAAAGUACUGAGGUUAUGGACCAACUUUCUUGAGCCAAUUUUGGGUAUACCUUGUCGCCCUUAUGACUCAGAGGCCACUGAGAACAAUGAUGUCUUAUCUAAGCAGCAUGGUCCAAAAAGCAAUGGAACUAGCGUUGGUGAAGGUGAUGGAAGUCCUAGUUCAGAUGCUAAGCAAUCAAAAGUUAUCAGCAACAGAGAUGCCAAUGCUUCCCCCCUACGAGUAAACUCUUCUAGGACAAGCUUUGCAAAUGCAGAUUCUCUUCCCAAAAAAGAUGGUUUGGCAGUGAUUGGUGAAGACCUAACUAAUUCUGAUGCAGCUGCUGCUAUGGGAGCAGAUGCUGUUCAUGAAAAAGUGGAAUUAACUUCAGGACGUGGCGCAAGACGGGGUACUGGUGUUUCAGAGCAUGGUCAAGUAUCCAAGUCUAACAUUGAUAGUGUGCCAGCAUCAGAGACUGAUACUUCAAGAUCGACUCCGCUGGGCAAUGGAGGGUUUGCAGAAGGCUCUAGAAGUAAUGGGUACAAUGACGAUUCAGUUGAUCCCUGCAAAAAUGAGAAAGAAGAGGGUGAGUUAUCACCGAAUGGUGAAUUUGAGGAGGACAACUUUGUUGGGUUUCAAGAUGGUGCCUCACGUAAUGGAAGUGUGCAUUAUCAAUCCAGAGCUGCUGAAGAGAUGGAUUGUCAGGAUGCUGCUGGUCAAAAUGAUGCAGAUGCUGAUGAUGAAGAUAGUGAAAAUGUUUCUGAGGCCAGAGAAGAUGUAUCUGGCAGUGAGUCUGCUGCUGAUGACUGCUCUCGAGAAGAGCAUGAUGAAGAAGAUGACGGGGAACAUGAUGAACUUGAUGGCAAAGCUGAGAGUGAAGGUGAGGCUGAGGGGACGAGCGAAGCACACUAUGUUACAGGUGAUGGCAAUGUGUUGCAAAUGUCUGAUCGGCUUUUGCUUACUUCGAAGCCACUUACAAAAUAUGUGGCUUCACCUGUAUAUGGGGGAGCGAUGAAGUACUCGCGGGUGUUUUAUGGAAAUGAGGCAUUCUAUGUGCUUUUUAGGCUUCACCAGAUUCUAUAUGAAAGGUUAUUAUCAGCAAAGCUGAAUUCAGCAUCAUCUGAGUCAAAAUGGAGAACUGGAAAGGAUACUGGUACUGAUCCCUAUGACAGAUUCAUGAGUGCGCUGUAUAGUUUGCUUGAUGGAUCUGCAGAUAAUUCAAAGUUUGAGGAUGAUUGCCGAUCAAUCAUUGGAAAUCAGUCAUAUGUGCUAUUCACGUUGGACAAGUUGAUAUAUAAGCUGGUCAAACAGCUUCAAACGGUCUCGAGUGAUGAGCUGGAUGGUAAGCUGCUUCAGUUGUAUGAAUAUGAAAGAUUAAGGAAACCAGAGAAGUUUGUUGAUACAGCUUAUUAUGAAAAUGCUCAUGUGCUCCUCCACGAAGAGAGUAUAUACCGGUUUGAAUGUGUNCUGUCCAUCCAGUUGAUGGAUGGUGGAAGUGAUAAGUCUGAAGUAGUUGCAGUUGCUGUAGAUCCCAAAUUUUCAGGUUAUCUGCAUAAUGAUUAUCUGUCGGUCGAACAUGGGAAAAAGGAGUCUUCUGCAGUUCUGCUGAAGAGAAAUAAGCGGAAACAUGCCAACCAUGAUGAAUCUACUGCUUUUUGCAUGGCAAUGGAACAUGUUAUUCUUGUAAAUGGUCUGGAAUGCAAGAUGGCUUCAAACUCAUCGAAGAUCUCUUAUGUGCUUGACACUGAGGACUUCUUUUUCCGUCGGGGAAGGAAACUAAAAAAAGUUUCAGCUGGCAGAUUGUCAUGCCAUUACCAGACUAGAGUAGAACAGUUCCAUCGUGUUCUGUUGUCCUCUUCAUGAUGAUACAUGGCCUUUCUCUCUGAAACUUUGUCAAUGCAUUACCUCUCUUGGCAAAACCAGAACGUUGAACAAGUUCUAGACGGUCUCUUUAUAGAAAUUCACCUCACAGGAUUUAAUCACUUCAACAGACUCCUCUCUUGCCAACUCCAACAGGGUUUUACACUCCAGUAUUUCAUUGGAUUGUCGGUCCAACUAUUUACUUGGUCAAUUGGUUCGAUGCUUUGAUGGUGGUAUUCUCUUGAACUUUCACUCUGAGGAACAAGGAUUCGCGAGUGUGGUUUCUCGUAAGUGUAUUAUCUUGGGGCACAUAUAAAUGGCAUUUCAGUCAUUUUCUUGUACAUAUGGUUUUCCGCCAUAAGUUGCUUCUUGUAAGCUGUGUUUAUUUAAUCUGCUUGCGUGGGAUCGCAAAGGAGCCAUAUCGCAUUUCCUCCUCCGCAGUAGUCUCCAUGUCCCCGUGAGCUGACCAAGUAUUCCAGCAGCUACAGCUUCCUGGAUUAUGUAAGAGAUAGUGAUAAAUUAGUUGAAUUUAGUAUAGUGAACAGCUUUAUACAGUGGUUUUCUUGGCCCUGGUUUUUGUACAGAGCAUACAUUUGGAUUCUACUUUGCUGAAACAAGAGGUUUAUUGCCUUGUUGACAAGGCUUUUUCAUUCAAAAUAUUCAUCUAAUUUUUUGGUUC